CAAUGGAGCUCGGAUCUGUUUGCCUGCUUCUUGCUGCUUCUCUGUUGUUUCAUGUCUGAGCAGUCGCCACACUGAGCAUCGAACCCAACAGACGUCAGUUCUUCCGUUAUGAAGCCUUCAAGCUGAGCUGUUCAGUACCAGGAAACUUCGGCAACUGGACGGUGAUGAGAAAUGCCUCGAAUAAGUUAACUUCAUGUGAAUACUGGGGCCGCCCGAAUGGUUCCUCCUGCAUCAACCACAGUGUCUACAAAUCAGACACUGGGCUUUACUGGUGCCAGUCUGAGCAGGGAGAGUGCAGCAACGUCCUCAACAUCACAAUAAACACUGGUGUUGUGAUCUUGGAGAGUCCAGCACUUCCUGUGACGGUGGGAGACGACGUCACACUUCGCUGCUCCUUCAAAGAACGAUAUGAUCCAACAUCUUCAUCGCAUUUCUCUGCUACCUUCUACCGAAACGGUGUGUUUAUUGGAACGGAGCCUGAAGGAGAGAUGAUCCUACGGAACGUGUCGAUGUCCAGCAAAGGUUUCUACAAGUGCAAACAUCCCAGCAGAGGAGAGUCACUGGACGCCUGGCUGGACGUCAAGCCUAAACCACCCAAAAGCGCCGAUCCGCCUCAUACGCCUCCUUUACUGAUGAUAUUGAUCACCACUGUGCUGUUCAUCAUCUACACCGUCAUCUUCAUUAUGUGUUUGAUCAUAUACAGAAACUGGGCUCGAGACCGAGCUGAGGCCAAACGGAGACGUUCAGAGCUCUGCCCAGACCACUGACUGCUCAUGAACGCAUCGUCAGCUUCAGACUUAAUCAAGCUUAUCUUGUUUUUCUCUGUGUAUUAUAAUCAAACCCAAAAUUAUUCAGACCACUGGAAAAUCAUUUUAAUUCAACCAAGAAAUUUGUAUGUCAUGGAAACGCCAUAGUAAAUAUCCAAUGUAUUUUUGACCAAACAAUAAGUUCACAUUCUUCUAUAUAAUCAAAGGAAAAGACUUCAUUGGCGUUUUCAGCAUUUAAACCCACUAUAGUUAGAAUUACUGUUCAUGCUGAGCUCCACUGCUUUUUCCUUUAUUUCUCUUCCUAUUUAUCACAUUUCUGUUUUAUUUCGUCUAGUUUCUUAUUUUGUUUGUAUUUAGUUCACUUCCUAUUUCUGAUGUCAUGCCAGUUCCUGAAAUUCACUGUGUGUUUUGUGGUGUUAGUUUCUGCUGUUUGUAUUUAGAUCCUCCAUAAAAAUAAACAAUGUUUUUUAUCAGAGCUUUUAGGGUAAAGAAUCAUUUUAUUCUGCAACAAUAUGUGUUGUAGCUUCUUGGCAGACUGCAGGAACUGUUACUUACAUGGCAGAAUAGAUCUAAGCUAAUAUAUAAAGAUGAGUCAAUUUUUCAUUUGAUUUGUUUGUUUUUUGGCAGCACAUGUAAAUAAUCAAGCAUUAAUGUUUUUUUUUCUGUUGUUGUUGUUCUGGG